AUGCUUGUAUACUCACAAUUACGGGUUGUGAAGGCCGGAUCGGAACAUGACUCCGAUAUCAUCAGUAUCGCCUUUUCUCCGACUGGUGCUUAUUUGGCUACCGGCGAUGAGGGAGGCAACGUCGUGGUAUGGAAUGUGCAUUCCGGCGACAAAAUGGCUACAUUUCGCGAUGCCGAUGCUAUCGCAUCGCUGCUGUGGGCGUCCUUCGGCCUUCGCACGCUCUUCGUUGGCGGAGCUCGUGGCUUUGGCUUCUUCAUCCCAGAUUUUCUCAAAGAAGAUCAAACCUUUGGGAUCAAGACGGGGACAUUCAAUGUGAUUAAUAGUAUGGAUCUGGACAAUGACACCCGCGCCCUUGCUUUGGCCGUGGGGCCAGAGGUUCAUAUGGCCAUGGCAACUGGUAGCUCCGGGGAUUAUGUAACUACGCGCGUGCUUCCCCGCCCGCAUAACCACCCGCACGUUCACGGCCAAUAUGUACGACCGAGGGCUGUUCAUCUUGAACGCGGCGCCGGGAGGCUGAUUGUGUCUUAUCUGGUGCAUGGGAUCGUAUGCUGGGAUGUCGAAAAGGAAACUACCCUUUGGCAGAUCUUCCCCGAGCCUCGCGCCAUCGGAUUCACGGCUGUGUCUCGGGAUUUUCGUCUCGUCUUUGUUUCCCUGAUGGGAGGCAAGGCCGAGUUGUAUAACCUCAGAGACACCGACCGACGACCACGUGUUACCGUUGUCUAUCAACAAGCCGAAGCCGACAGCGUCUCACCAGCGUCUGUCGCUAUACUUCUAGAUGGUGGCGCUUUGGCCUGUGGAUCUGCAGAAGGUGUAGUCAGGAUAUGGGACAUGAAAGGCGUCCUCCAGCAAGAACUGCGCUCAGUCGAGGGUGUCUUCACGACCCAGUUAAUUGCUGCCCAAACCACUCGGGAAGUUGGAUACCUGGCUAGCGUCAUCAAUUCGGAUGUGAGCGCGAAGCAGAACCAGAUCAUUCUGUUCGCCACUCAACAAGAUCGACGGCUCGGUGCUGUCUUCAUUCGGUAUAUGAACGCGUUCGAUGUGAGUUAA